GAAAAAGAAAAAGGAAAUCAAAUUUCCUCUUCCCACGCCCUCUCUCUCGUUCACCAUCUCUCUCUCACGCAGCCCACACCACAGUUUCCACCGACCAGUCGCCGGCCUGAUUCCGUCAAUCCACGCUCCCGGUAACCUGCUCCUCCUCCAUCUCUUAUCUUUGGCUCUCUUCAUAGCCAACAACAGCAAGAACUCAGCGCCGCUCUGCUGACCAUCGUUCCGUCAUCCGUGACACUCCGACGACUAGUUGCUCGCGGCUCCAACUUCCUGCCUCGGUCUCUCACGCCAUCUGUGUGUUUUCUUAGGACAUUCCUUCAUCUCCAACCAUUCCGAACAGAAGUUAGUUUGGAACAAAUAUUUGUUGAAGAAACCUUAGAAUCUAUCGUACUAGUUUCAAUUUAGCAACAAUGGCGGGAGGCAAGAUUAAAAGAGAGAAGCCAAAAGCGGCGGCGAAGGCUGCAACACCCUAUCAGGGAGGGAUUUCAUUCCACAAAUCCAAGGGUCAGCAUAUUCUUAAGAACCCCUUGCUGGUCGACUCUAUAGUUCAGAAAUCUGGAAUUAAGAGCACCGAUGUGAUCCUCGAGAUUGGUCCUGGUACUGGUAAUCUCACCAAGAAGCUCCUAGAAUGUGGUAAGAUGGUUAUUGCUGUUGAGCUCGAUCCUCGUAUGGUUCUCGAGUUGCAGAGGCGUUUUCAAGACACUCCUUACUCUUCUCGCUUGAAGGUUAUUCAAGGAGAUGUACUCAAGACCGAGCUUCCCUAUUUUGAUAUAUGUGUGGCAAAUAUUCCCUAUCAAAUAUCAUCACCCCUCACAUUCAAAUUGCUAAAUCAUCAACCUGCUUUUCGGUGCGCCAUCAUAAUGUUCCAAAGGGAAUUUGCAAUGAGAUUAGUUGCUCAACCUGGGGACAAACUUUACUGCCGUUUGACCGUAAACACUCAACUCCUAGCUCGAGUGUCUCACCUCCUCAAAGUUGGAAAGAACAACUUUCGCCCUCCACCUAAGGUGGACUCAUCUGUAGUUCGAAUUGAGCCAAGGAAACCGCGUAUUGAGGUGAAGCAGAAGGAGUGGGAUGGAUUUCUGAGAAUCUGUUUCAAUCGAAAGAACAAAACUCUUGGUUCAAUUUUUAGGCAGAAGAGUGUUCUUUCUUUGCUAGAGAAGAACUACAAGACAUUGUGUUCACUUAACAUCCUUCAGGAAGGUUCUGCAGGUAAUGAUGAUAGUGCCUUCGAUUAUUCAAAUGAGGAUCAAAGCAUGGAAGUAGAUGAGGAUGGAGAUGACGAGGAGAUGGAUAUGGAAGAUGGUGAUGCUGAAGAAGGGGAAGCUUCUGAAUUUAAGGGUAAAGUGAUGGGUGUUCUAAAGGAGGGAGAUUUUGAAGAAAAGAGGUCUUCUAAACUCACCUUACAAGAGUUCUUAUACUUGCUCUCUUUGUUCAACAAGGCUGGCAUACAUUUUUCUUGAUUUUGUUUUUGUGAUGUGUUUCUCCACAAUAUCCAAUUUUGUCCUCAUCCCGUGUCGCUUCAAUUUACUCCGAGAGAGUUAUACCAAUUUUUGUUGCUUCAACAGCUGGCCGUUGAAAUUGUUACUCUUAUUCUUAUCUUUUUGCUGUACCAAUCCAAUGAACUUGUAUUUUAUUUA